AUGUCGACAGAGAAUGUGCAGACGGACUAUGCGUCCACUAAGAAACGCAAGAAGGUGGUCAAGGCCUGCGUGUUCUGCAGGCGAUCGCACAUGAUAUGUGAUGAUCGAAGGCCGUGCUCGAGAUGCAUAAAGAGGGACAUCGGGCACCUCUGCUGUGACGAGAAGCUGCAGCCCGGCGCCGAGCGGCUGCAGUCGCAGUCGCCGCUGCGAACCGAGACGUUCGACGUGCAGCCGGUACCGGAGCACCUGGUGGCCGGGCUGGGCGUCGGGGCUGCAGGCGGGAACCGGUACGCCAACGUGAUCAACCACCCGAAGUUUGUGAGCGAGCACAUCGGGUCGGAAUUCUCGUCGCUGAACGAGUUCCUGACGCUGCUGGAGGACCCGCUGCUGAUGGAGGCGACGCCGUCGCCGGGCUGCAACGGGCAGGCGGCGGAUCCCGGGGCGCGGGGACCGGGGGAGCUGGUAGGCGGCGUGCUGGCCGGCGCUGCGCCGCAGGAGCAGCCGACGGCCAAGGAGAACUUCUUCCUGACGGCCGCGGACCCCUCGACGGAGGUGGAGCCGGAGGACCGCCUGAAGCUCGUGAUCAACGCGAAGCUGGAGGCGGGCCUGCUGCAGCCUUACAACUACUCGCAGGGGUACGCGCGCCUGCAGAACUACAUGGACAAGUACAUGAACCAGUCGUCGCGGCAGCGCAUCCUGAAGCCGCUCUCGACGAUCCGGCCGGCGUUCCGCGCGAUCGCGCGCUCGCUCAAGGACGUGGACCUGGUGCUCGUGGAGGAGGGGUUCGAGCGCAUGCUGCUGUCCUACGAUAGAGUAUUUACGUCCAUGUCCAUGCCGGCGUGUCUGUGGCGGCGGACGGGCGAGAUCUACCGCGGCAACAAGGAGUUUGCGUCGCUGGUGGACUGCACCGUUGACGAUCUGCGCGAUGGCAACCUCGCGAUAUAUGAGCUGAUGACAGAGGAGAGUGCGGUCAAUUUCUGGGAGAAGUACGGCUCGAUCGCCUUUGACAAGGGCCAGAAGGCAGUGCUGACGAGCUGCAACCUGAGAAGUAAGGACGGAAGGAAGCGCAGGCCGUGUUGUUUCAGUUUUACGAUCCGGCGGGACCGCUACAAUAUUCCCAUAUGUAUUAUAGGCAACUUUAUACCCAUCUCCUAA